UUGGUAGGUAGAGAUUUUUGCAUUUGCAUUUGCAUUUGCGCCUCCAUUUCCAUCAACGAAGAAGAAGAAGACCACAACGAAGCCAUUAAAGCCAAUACAUACGAUGGCUUAAACUCACCUACCCCCAAAAUUUGCCACCAACUCCAAUUUCUCUCCUCCUUUAAACCUUUCUCAAUCCCUCCUCUUUCGAAUCCUGAUCAUGGCGUCUUCUCUCACUUCCAAAUCCAUUCUCGGAUCCACCAAACCCGGUUCUUCUUCUCUUCCCUCGGAGCUCCGUCGUCUCUCUUCUCCCGCCGUUCAGAUCUCAAUCCGUACCCAACCCAGGAAGAACAUCCAGAUACAAGCUACUGGAAGCUCAUAUGGGACUCAUUUCAGAGUUUCAACGUUUGGAGAAUCACAUGGAGGAGGAGUUGGUUGUAUAAUUGAUGGAUGUCCUCCUCGGAUUCCUCUCUCUGAAUCUGAUUUGCAAUUUGAUCUUGAUAGGAGGAGACCUGGUCAGAGCAGGAUCACCACUCCUAGGAAAGAAACUGAUACCUGCAGGAUAUCUUCUGGAGUCUCCGAAGGAAUGACGACAGGAACACCUAUCCAUGUGUUUGUGCCAAACACUGAUCAGAGAGGACUUGAUUACAGUGAAAUGUCGGUUGCCUAUAGACCAUCGCAUGCUGAUGCAACUUAUGACAUGAAGUAUGGUGUCAGAUCUGUGCAGGGCGGAGGGAGAUCUUCAGCUAGAGAGACCAUUGGAAGAGUUGCUCCUGGAGCUUUGGCCAAGAAAAUUUUGAAGCAAUUUGCAGGAACUGAGAUUCUUGCCUAUGUCUCCCAAGUCCACCAAGUUGUACUUCCAGAAGAUUUGGUAGACCACGAGAAUUUGACACUGGAACAGAUAGAAAAUAACAUUGUUAGAUGUCCUAAUCCUGAGUAUGCGGAAAAGAUGAUAGCUGCGAUUGAUGCUGUCAGGACAAAAGGGAACUCUGUUGGUGGUGUUGUGACCUGCAUUGUUCGGAAUGCUCCACGUGGGCUCGGUACACCGGUUUUCGAUAAACUUGAAGCAGAGCUAGCGAAAGCUUGUAUGUCGUUACCUGCAACAAAGGGAUUUGAGUUUGGAAGUGGCUUUGCAGGUACCUAUUUGACUGGUCUUGAACACAAUGAUGAGUUCUAUACCGAUGAAAAUGGAAGAAUACGUACAAGAACAAACCGAUCCGGUGGAAUUCAGGGAGGGAUCUCAAAUGGUGAAAUAAUAAACAUGAGAGUAGCCUUCAAGCCAACAUCAACAAUUGGAAAGAAGCAAAAUACUGUAACAAGAGACAAGGUAGAAACCGAAAUGAUUGCGCGUGGCCGUCAUGAUCCUUGUGUUGUUCCACGAGCUGUGCCAAUGGUGGAAGCAAUGGUGGCUUUAGUUCUUGUGGAUCAGUUAAUGGCACAAUACGCACAAUGCCAUUUGUUUCCAAUAAACCCAGAGUUGCAGGAACCUCUCCACACAGAGCAGCCGCAGAAUGCUGCUGCUUUGUAAGCAAACCUCGAGCAGGUAGAGUGGGAGAGAGAGAGGCUUCACUUUUGUUGUGUGAUUAUUAUGAAUAAACAUGUUUGUUUAAUUUUGUGCCCCGGUAAAAAAAGAACAAUAUUUUUUUGUAAGAUGAUUUUACUUUUGUAUCCUGCUGUUAUUUCAGUUAAAUGUGUUUUUUACCA